AAUAAUACAUUAAGUGUGUGAGGCAAAUCAUAGGCUGGGAAUUUGUUUCAUUGAAGAGUAAGGAAAUAAGGUAGGGUAAGGAGAAUAUGACAUGUUUGGUUAACAGCUUAUAAUUGGUGAUAUGUACACAAACCUGAAACACAUAUAUAUGAUAGCAAAAGGAAUAUCAUAUGCAACCAACAUCACAACCGAGUAGUUUUCUCAAAUUCAUUUCAAUUUCAUCUUCACUAGCAGAAGCACAAAAAGGGUGUAUGAAAACAGAUAUGGAAAGAACAACAACAGCAAUGAAAACCUUUGAAUGCAGCCUGCCUCCAAAAUCACCAAUCUUAAGAGAUAGAGCAGCAUCUUUCUCAUCAUAUCUCAACCCCCAAAAGCCAAACACUCGCACACUCGAAGAUCCCACAUCUGAGCUCAGCAUAUUCGAUGCACACAAAUAUUUCAACGAAUUGACCAACAAUGAGAACAUCCAAAAAGUCACAAUCAGCAGCAACAACAGCAAUAACAACAACAACAAUAACAACAAUAGUAGAGUCUCACCUGUGGUGGUUAACCUAAACAAUGAAACAGAGCACAUUGUUAUACCAGAUAACAGAAGAUACUCCUCUGCUUCUUCCACGGUAGAUAGUUAUUCAAACAUCAGAAACUAUAGAGCGCGUUCCUUCCAUACGGCAACACCAACAGCUUCAUCAGAAGCUAGUUGGAAUAGUCAACAAGGUUUGUUAUCUCAACCAGCAGGUGCUAUUUCAGUUAACAUAAAAAACCCUUCAAAUCCAAUCCCUAACAACAACAACAACACGUUUAGAACAUCACUUUCCAAACCGAUUUGGCUUUUAAGGAGAAAAUGUCCUUGCACAGGCAAAAAAUCAGUUCAAGUCAAAGAAAAAAAGUCAACAGCAUUACCCAAAAACAGUAUCAAAAUCCCUUCACCAGUUCCGCCAUCACCACCACCACCACCAAUCAACAAUUGGGUUAACAAUAACAUGGAUCAAACACAAACACCGAAUCUUGUAACUAAAUCUCAAAGAUUCCAACCAGUGGUGACAACCGUAAGAGUACCUUACACCGAAGGGUUUACAUUCCCAGUGUUAAACCCUAAUUCAACUUCAACAACAGCAAAACUCAGUAACGGUGUCGUUUUGGAAGAUCCUCCUCGAGAAUCACUAGAGGUUUUCCAACCACCGGACGAACUAAAAGUGGAUAUGAAAUCCCUAAAUUUCCCCUUCCCGCCACCUAUGUCGCGAAUCAUCGUUGACGACGGCGACGCGGCGAGUGAUGCGAGUUCCGAUUUGUUCGAGAUCGAGAGUUUCUCAACCGCGACACAAUCUUCAUACGCUGCUGCAGCUUACCGGAGAAACAGUAGAGACUCGUUUGACGAAGGAUCGGUGACAACAGCAAUGACGGAGUGUUACGAGCCGAGCGAGGCGAGUAUUGAGUGGAGCGUGACAACGGCUGAUGGAUACGACGAAAGUAUCUACAGCGGUGGCGUUGGUAGUGGAGGUAGUAGUAGUGGCACCGGCGGCGGCGUGACAGCGGAGCAUUGGAAGAGAAAGGGAGGGAACGGUGGUUUGUUAGUGAGCUGUCGGUGUGAGAAAGCGGUUAGUGUGGGGCCACAGCCAAUAAAAUGUGAGGGACAAAGAGGGGCCACGUCAGCAUGGAAAAACGUAAAUGGAAGUGUAAAUAGUAGGGCAGGGGGUGUGAAUAAACCACCACUUGCUAGGUCUUCUUUAUCUCACCGAAACAACAACAGCAACAACAACACACCUCGUGUUACCUCUUUUUCUUUUGCGACAUAAUUCAUGCACCCUUACAAUGUUGCAUUACUUAAUGCACGGUACGGGAACUCUGUUUUUAUGUUUCUUUGUUUGUUUCUUCAAAUUCUUAGGCUCAAAUAUUGGUUUUCUUGCUUUGUUAUUCUUUCUUCUAUGUAUACUGUGCUCGUUUUUUGUUUCAUGGAUUUGUAACUGGUAACACAUCAUGUAGCCACGUUGAGCUACUUGUAUAUUA